GGGAAUGGGCACGGGCACCGGCACCGGCACCGGCAGCACCGGCUGACUGCUGGGGAGUGCCGAACCGCGGGAGCGAGCCGCGAGGUGGCUGUAUGGUCGGGCUCCGGAAGGGAAUGGGAAAAGGGCGACUGUUUCCCUUGGCGUUGUCCCCUGCGGACAUCCGAGCCCCUCGCUGAAACCGCAGGAGGAGGCUUAGGGAGGGCAGAUGGCUGCCGGGCGGUUUAUUGCCAUAUUGUGUUUUCCCAGUUUUGUAGGUCACGGGGUUGGAGGAUGAAAUAAAGGACAUGACCAAAUGCAGGAAUAAGACCUUGCAGAUGGAAAAAAUAAAGGCAAGACUGAAAGCAGAAUUUGAAGCCCUGGAGUCUGAGGAGAGGCACCUGAAAGAAUACAAGCAGGAAAUGGACCUGCUGCUGCAAGAGAAGAUGGCUCACGUGGAGGAGCUGCGACUGAUCCACGCUGACAUUAAUGUGAUGGAGAAUACUAUCAAGCAGUCUGAGAACGAUCUUAACAAGCUCUUGGAAUCUACUCGCCGGCUCCACGAGGAGUACAAGCCCCUAAAGGAGCACGUGGAUGCCUUGAGAAUGACUCUGGGCUUGCAGAGGCUGCCUGACCUAUGUGAAGAGGAAGAGAAGCUGUCCCUUGACUACUUUGAAAAGCAGAAAGCAGAAUGGCAGACAGAACCACAGGAGCCUCCCAUCCCAGAGUCUCUGGCUGCAGCUGCAGCAGCUGCCCAACAGCUGCAGGUGGCCAGGAAGCAAGACACCAGACAGACAGCAACUUUCAGACAGCAGCCACCUCCAAUGAAGGCAUGUUUGUCGUGUCACCAACAAAUCCAUCGGAACGCCCCCAUAUGCCCACUCUGCAAAGCAAAGAGCCGAUCUCGGAAUCCCAAAAAGCCCAAGAGGAAACAGGAUGAAUGAAAUCCAGGAGAUUGACAAGCUGUGUGACCUGUCCCAGUACUCUUCCAGUAGAAUGGCAAAUUUGCCCAGACUUUACUGAAUUGCAGACUCAAGUAUGACCAUCUCAUUGUUUUCUAUUUAAAUGCAAUGUAAGCACAAUGUUCCUGCUCUAAGUUCCUUCCAGUCUUUAGGAUUUGGUUUUAGGUAAGUAAGUAUUACUGGUGCUACAGUUUAACAUUUCAAUUGUUCCAUCUUUUGUACUCCUAAACAAACUGGAAUUCUUUGUGCAAGUAUCCUAAAUGACAGGCUAUUUCUAUUGAUCAAAUGUGAUUACCACAAAUGCUUUUAUGUUCUCUUUUUAAAAAACAUGUUACUAAAAGAUUAUUCUGUUUUCUCCUGAUAACAGGAGACUAUUUGAAGUGCUGAAAUAGCAGACUGUCUGUUCGUUUCACUGAAGAACAAUUUGUUUUCCAAUCUCGUAAGAGUGGGUAGGUUUGGGUAUCCAGUGGAACUCUUUCUAAACAGGAAAUGUUCAGGGAAAAUGAGAUUUGUUAUAAAGAAAAUCAAUGCAUUAAGGACAUACAUGGGUUUUGAUUUACUGAAGUUGAUUGUACCACUCCUUCAAACUUGACUUAAAACUUGGAAAGGUGCUGGCUGUGUAUGAAUUUCUAAAAAUGAUGUAAUUUGACAUGCUUUAACAUCUUAACAGGUUAUUAUUUUCAGUAGUCAAAAGACUAAUUGACUUAAGAACAAGGCUGAAGUGAACUUUAUUAGUGGAACUCCUAGGCUUUAUGGCUGACCAAUGACACUGUGGUUCUCUAGGAAACAUGCAGAGCUUUAUGUGCACAGACUGCACAUCAGCCAUUCUGCAUGUCUUCUGUUCCUGGUUUCUACAGCCAAAAUCUGGCAGACAUAUCCUGCACUGGAGCAUAGGAAGGUUCAGGAACAUGCAUGAGGAACAGUGUCAACUAAAAAUUAUGCAUUUCACCAGAACCAACCAGUUUUGGUGUAAUUGUCCUCCCUCAACCAAAACUUUCUAUUUUUCUGCCUUUUAAAAGGUCAUUUUCAAAUAAGCUUUACUUCAGGCCAGUUUGUUUCCUUGUUCCCUGUGUGCCAAAAGAACCCUUUCUAAAACAUCUGGAGUAGAUCACUCCCUGUAUGUCUUCCCUUUGUUUCAUGUAAUAUAACAACAGUUCUUGCAAUGGGGAGGAUGGCAGUGAUCCACGUACAGAACUGGCACUUGAAAUUUAUCAUCUCUAAUCCCAGUUUUGUGACCACCUUUGUUGCCUAAAUUGAUCUCAAGUGUUAAAUAUUCUUUUCACUAACUCCGGGACGCAGGAACUGCUUGUUCACACUCUUCUCUCUUUAGCCCAGGUUUCUCUCUAAUAUUAUGUUAGAGUGGUUAUAUUGGGAAUUUGGCUUAUUAGAUAGGAAGAACAGGGAAGCCCCAGGUCUCUGCUCCAAGAACUUUGCCAAAUGCUGGCAACUGUAAUAAAUCCACAUGAUGCAAUUUUACUGGCCACAUCACAUACGUCGCCAUUCAUUUCCUAAAUCUGCCACAAAGUACACGAGUGAUUUACUGAACUUAGUCCUAAAACUGAAGCCAGGUUCAGGAAAUAUUCCCCCAUUUUAAUGUUACAUAGUCAAAUCAACAUCUGUCAACAGCAGACAGAAUAUGGACCACCUGCCCCUGAAAUUAUGUGAAGAGCAGAUUCUGCUAGCUGAACUACAGGGAUUUGGUCUCUGAGAUAGCAAUAAUGGAAGACAGUCUCCAUGCUCCAAAUGGCAAUAGUGUGUUAUGCAUGUUUUGUAGCACAAAUACUGGAUUCUACUGUUUUAAAUGUCACAGUGGUCGCGUGCUGUGUGCCCUGUUCAGAGCAAUUCCUAUGGAGUUGAAGGGAAAAUGCACAGAGUUAAAAGACAGUAUGUGGACUUCCCCAAGUGCAUACAUGAGAGCAGCUUACUUUGAUGGUAGUUGUACAUAAAUUUAAGAAGUAGUGACAAGUGGAGUGGGUGAAUGGCCUGCAAUGAAGUAGUGUGAAUAGGAGGAUUGAUUUGUAGAGACUUCUACUUACAGUUCAGAAAUAGGUAGGGUUAGUCAUAGUUGUUCUCACUUUACUGUUACUUUGCCAGGUUCUUUCUUUCUUGGGAGAUCCCUGAACUGAAAUACACUUAAGGAUGCACCAUUUCCUGAUUUAGUACAACAGUUUUGUAUUUUUACUUUUUUAAACUAGUCUCAUGUGCUCUUGUGUUUUACAGGGUUAGGGUUUGUUGUUUUUUUUUUUUAUAAAGUGAAUAUGACAUACUGUGUUUGCAUCAAUUGUACUAGUAUUUACAAAUUUUCACAUCCUUUACGAAGUUCUGCCAUAUGAACAGCAUGCAUUGCUGAGGGUGAGCGUAAGUGGAGAUAAGUCAGCAGGGUGCCCUGGCUGCCAGAAGGGCCAACCACAACCUGGGGUACAUCAAGCACAGCAUUGCCAGCUGGUUGUCUCACUCUACUCUGCACUGGUGAGGCCCUGGGCACUGGGGGCAGUUUGGGAUGCCUCAGUGCAAGAAGGACAUCAGAGUGUACAGUGUUCUGGAGUCACCUGUGAGACCAAGACUGCAAAAGGUCUCAAGGACAAGACCUCUGAGGAGCAGCUGAGGACGCUUGGCUUGUUCAGUUUGGAGAAAAGAAGGCUGAGGGGUGUCCUCAUCACAGCCUACAACUUCCUCCAGGGGAAAGCAGGGGAGGAGGAGGUGCUGAUCACCCUCUGAUGACCAGCAGCAGGAUAUGAGGAUAUAGAGUGAAGCUGCAUUGAGCAAAGUUCAGAUUGGACACCAGGAAAAGGUUCUUGUCUGAGAGAGUGGUUGGUCACUGGUCCAGUGACCCAGGGAAGUGGCCAAGCCACCAAACCUGUCAGGGUUUGAGGGUCACCUGGAUGAAACUCUUAGCCAUACAGUUUAAUGGUAGGUAGUUGGACCUGAUGAUCCUUAUGGAUCCCUUCUUACUUGAGAUAUUCCAUGAUUUUAGCCAUUUCAAGGAGAUAAAAUAUGUAUUAUGUAUUGAGGGACCAUGGGGUGGGGGCAGGGAGGGAAGCAGUGUCUUUCAUAGGGAAAGAGUAUUCUUUUCUCUCAUGGAAUAAUCAUGGAAGUUUAACUGAAGAACUCUUCUCGUGACAGCCCCAGGCUCUUUUCUCCCAGGCAACUCUCUCAAGAGACUGGAGGAAUAAUUAUGAAAUAUUGAUUUCUUGGUAUUCAGACAGAAGAGGAAGCUGUCUGAAGUACAGCUCUUAACACAAGUCUACUGCAUUUUUGCUUCACGGAGCAACAAUGGCUUCUUCACUUGUAUCUGAAGUCUUUGUGGAUACUUCUUCACUUCGCUUAAAUUUAUUCUUAUUUGGCUCAAAUUGUCUGAGUAGCCACAAUGUGACCCUCCUGAAAGCUUAGGAGGCUUUUAUGUUACUGAAGUCUGGUUUAACCCUGUCUUUGUCAUUCUGUUUUUAAAAGGGUAUCCAUGCAACAACAAAAUAACUGGAUUCUCUUGGUAAAGAUGGUUUCCAAGGUCUUUGUUCAUCGCUUGCCUCAAAGGAUAGUCCUGUUGUUCUGCAACCAAACAGAAAAAAACCAAAAUCCCAAGCCUUUCACCCUGCCAUCAAGCCUAAGCUCACAACCAAAAGGAUGCAAACACUGUACUGUAGCUAAAUGCUUUGCUACAGAAGUUUUCAUACCCAACCUGGGGUGGAUCAGUUGUCCAAACUUUAGUGCCAAGGACACCAUUAACUACAGAGAAAAUGUAAGGCAAAUUUAAAUACCUGCACUUCCUGAAUUCAACAUUAGCUUUAUAAACAGGACCCUGACUGAACCUGACAGUGGCUUCAAUUUACACAACCUAAAUUUGAAAGAAUACACAUUGAUGUGUUACUUUAAAUACCAUACUAUUCAAGAAAUUAAGACUUCACUAGCACUUUAAAUAAAUAAAAAGUGCUUUAUUCUUUUAUUUUAGAGUUUUCUAAUUCCUCCAGCAUACAUUUUCAUUUUAGUAUUUAGGUAUUCUAGCAAUAUCUGGUGUUUUCACUGGCUUCUGUGUUUUAAAUAUUUUACUCCUGUGCCUCACAGGAGUAACAGUGUGAGAUCUGUUUAAUUUGUCUGUACAGUCCUUUUAAAUAAAUGUUUGUUUCAUGUCA